AUGGCACAGGAUCCUAUCUCCCCUGAACGCAUGAGGGAAUACUCCGGCGAUGGGCCCCGAGACGUUUCAAUCACUUUUAUCAUCGCUGAAACAAUCGCUGUUAGACUCCGAUUCGUCUCAUUACGACUCAGCUUCAUUAUUACCUAUGCUGUCGCCGAUAUACUUGCCGGGGCGUUCGUGUGCUGGCCCAUCGCCUAUCUCUGGGACAAGAGCAUCGCCGGGGGCCACUGCAUCAAUAUCCCGGCGUUUUACCGCUGGGGAACCUUGCCCAAUAUUCUGAUUGAUCUGCAAAUGCUGAUCCUCCCACAGCCCGUCGUCUGGUCUCUGCAGAUCCCUAAACAGGUCAAAUUCGGCUUGGCUGCCACACUGCUCACCGGCAGCAUUGGAAUGGUCACCUCUAUCGUCCGCUGCGUUGCCUUUUUCACCAAUGACCCCCUCAUCGAGGGGACAUGGAAGUCGGUGAUUUAUCUCCAAUGGAGCAUCAUCGAGACAGGCGUCUACCUGAUUGCGGCCUGCUUGCCAUGCUAUCGACCUCUGGUGAAGUUAGCCAUGGGUCAACGCCGCACAGCCGUGGGAUCCGGCUACAAGAGCCCGGGCUCAGCGGUUUCUGGACGCAAAGAUGCCCCCCGGUGUCCAAUUGGCAUCGGCAUCGCUUCUUCUCGCGUGACCCGGAGAUGA